GCAACGCAAAUAGAUAGCUCAUCAGCUUUCAGACAAGCCUUUGUCAGCCUUGUGAUUCAUCACAGCAAAGCUUUUAGGAUAAAAGGAAAGAUGGAUAAAGCCAAGGAGGACCCAACAGUUCUUCAUGAUGGAGAGGAACAUGGCAGUGCAACUAUUAGAUUGUCUGAUCUCUUCAUAAGUGUCCACAGUGGUGCCACCAAGGUCAUUCUUUUGUUGGGUAAACCAGGAAUAGGGAAAACUAGGCUCGUGCACAAAAUUUGCCAACAGUGGGCUGAGGGAGCCCUGCCACAGUUCCAGUUCAUCUUCCUCUUUGAGUUCAGGCAGCUAAACCUGAUCAAAAGGAAGCUUACACUCCGAGAACUUUUAUUUGACUUCUUUCUCCAACCGGAAAAUUGCCCGGAUGCAGUAUUUGAACAUCUCCUAGAGAAUGCCCAGCACACAUUGGUGAUCUUUGAUGGACUGGAUGAAUUUGUGGAGAACAUUCAACUCCUAACUUCCUGUCAAACACCAUUCGCUAAUCUUGGCAACCCUAUUUCUGUCUCGGAACUUUUUGCCAGUCUUUGUCAUGGAAAACUCUUGCCUAGCUGCACCGUGCUGGUCACAACCCGGCCAAAGGUAUUUCCUGAAGCUUUCUUCAAACCUAUCACCCUCCUAGCAGAAAUCUGGGGUUUUGACCAUGAAAAAGUCGAGGAAUAUGCCAGCUAUUUUUUCCACCAGCGUUCACAGAAAGAGCAAGUCCUUGCUUGCCUGAAAAGCAACAGCAAACUCUUGAGCAUGUGUUAUAUUCCUGCCUUGUGUAACAUUGUCUGCAUUUGCCUGGAAUAUUUGCUCCUUCAAAAUUCAGGAGGUGUCCAGCUCCCUCAAACCAUAACUCAGAUUUACCUCAAAAUGCUCCACAUAUUCAUAUGCAAGCAUCAGAAGCUGAGUGCUUUCAGAGAAGAAGUGGACUUGAGUCAACACCAAGCAACUCUUGAAGGCCUGUGUGAAUUGGCCUUUAAAGGCCUAGAAGAAAAAAAGAUGUUGUUUUAUGCUGGUGAGGUCCCGGGGCACGUGAAGGAUUUUGCUUGCUUGCAUGGGCUCCUGCUGGACUUUGAGGUAAAGGCAAGCAAUGGCCAGAUGCAGGCCGGUUAUACCUUUGCCCACUUCAGUCUGCAAGAGUUCUUUGCAGCGCUCUUCUUGUUGACAAGCCCGUCCCUGGACAGCAACUCUCUGAAGCAGAGGUUUUAUCUGAGGUCAAAGUGGACUCUAAAGAAGGAAGCCAAGAUGCCAUUCACUGAGAACUGCCAUGUCUUCUUAUCUGGUCUUUCAUCCCAAGAGUGCCGGCCAUUCCUUAGCUCUUUAGCCAGGCAAAAUGAGACCUGGAUACAGGAGCGACAAGCCGUAUUCGUGCAGCUGCUGAAGAAGCUGGCAACGCCUCAGUUAACGGGGCCCAAAGUAGCUGAGCUAUGCCAUUGCGUGUACGAGACGCAAGACGUUGACUUAGCGCAGCAUGUUGCAAAGCGGUUAAAUUUCAGGUAUCAGUUUAGAAACUUCAGGCUGAUGCCACUGGACAUGACGACUCUGGCUUUUGUCAUCAACAGCAGCCCAGAUUUGGUGUCCUUGAAAUUUGACGGAUGCCCCAUGGAACUUGGCUAUUUGGAUGUCUUUGGCAGCUGUGAAAAUAUAAAGAGCUUGAGCUUUAGGAGCAGGAAGUAUGGAAAUGAGUUUGCUGCAGUCCUCUCUCAAAGCCUACCAAGGAUCAAGCGACUGACAUCAUUUCAGUUAGCAGGAGGAAAUAUCACAAUCCUAGGACUUGAAGACCUGAUACAAGCUUUUUCAAACUGCCAUCAGCUAGAAGACAUAAACUUGCAGCACAACAGACUGAAGGAGCAAGAAAUGAUCAAGAUUACAGAAAUAUUUUCCACUGUAAAAAGGUUAAAGAAAAUGGAUUUAAGCCACAAUGAGAUUUCGGUGAGUGUCGUUCUCGCUUUCACCAGAGCCGCUGCAACUUGUCCAAACAUUACCAAGCUGCAUAUAAGGAGGGAAACUUUAACAAUCCAUUUCACCCGUCACUCAGAAAAAGAUCCCAGGUUAAAAGAUGUGGGAAUAAAGGAAGAGGAAACUAUUCCUAAAGCUAGAACUUUAAUCUUACGAUUGCAGGACUGCCAGUUAGACUCCCAACGGGCAGAGGAGAUGGCUCAUGUUCUCCAGAGCUGUUCCCACCUUUCUGAAAUUGAUUUAUCAGAUAACCAGCUUGGUGAUGAAGGAUGCAAGAAGCUGAUGAAGAUGGUGCCCAAAAUGUGCAUUUCUGGCCUUCUGAUUUUAAACAACAACCAGCUUUCCAUGAAGAGUAUUUUCUGUUUCCUCAAUUCAAUGAGUAUUUGUCCAAAUAUAGUGAAGCUUAAAGCCAGUGUCCAUCAUCAAACCGCAACCUUAACGCUUGUUGGCAAAGACCUUAUUGAUGCCACUCUUUCCAGGAGGCGCUCUUCUAAUGAUGAUCAGUUAAAGAGUGAUGGACGUCAGAUGAUGACCACAUCAAGGGAAAUAUGCUUGGCAGACAAUAAUCUCCAUGGUGAAGAACUGAUGUACUUGUGCUUGUCCCUGAGAAUGUGCCGUGGUGUAUCUGAGUUGGACUUGUCAAAUAAUUUUCUGGGUGACCUGGGUGUUUUGAAGGUGGCAGAACUACUUCCAGAACUUAAAGGGUUACAUUCUUUAACACUGGAUGGUAACCACAUGUCCUUGGAUGGGGUCUUUUGCUUGGCCCGCUUCUUCUCCACCUUGGAACGUAUGGAAUCGAUGCAAUUAGGUUUGGGAAGAACCCAGCGCGUUCACUUAACCUUUGGGGAAAGAAUCAGCCUGGCCAGGGAACAUGAAGGGGAGGUGCUGGAUCAUGCCACCCAGGGCCGCAGUUUUUGUCUUAGGGAUUGCCCGGUGGGCCCAGAAGAUGUGGACCGACUCUUUGGGAUUCUAACCACAUGUUCUGGGUUGACAGAGAUCACCUUAUCUGGGACCUGGCUGACUGAUGAAGGUGUUGAGUAUCUGCUAAAGUUCCUGCCCUGUCUCAAUAGCCUGAAGCUUUUAAGGAUCAGUGAGAACACAUUUUCACCAAACGGCGUUCGCUUGCUGGCCAACUCAUUUAACCUCUGCAAGAGAAUCUGUGAAGUGGAAGUCAGAUCAAGUGAAAGUGCGUUUUUGCAUUUUGUGGAAAGUCAAGAAAGUCAAGAAAUAUACUGCAGGCUAACAGGUUGUGGCAUUGCUCAGGAUGAUAUCCAAGAACUCUGUGCCAUUCUUGAGAAGUGUGGCCAUCUUGCAGAACUGGAUCUUUCUGGAAACCAUCUUGGCAAUGAAGGGCUGAGGUGCCUCUUAGAACAUUUGCCCAAGACCCAAGUUCCCUGCCAACUGAAAAUCAGCCAGAACAGGAUCUCACAAGAGGGCGUGCUCCAUCUCAUCCGUGUCCUUGCCACAUACCAAAACGUAGCUGAAAUUCACGUAAGUUUGUACUCUGAGGAAAUGCUGCUUAUCACAUUAGUGAGUGAAGCUAAACCUCAAAAGAUCCUGAGACUAAAGCAAUGCAGCUUCCAAGCAAAACAUCUGGAGCAGUUGACCUCAGAGCUGGGGAAAUGCCUCACCCUGAGCGAUUUCACAUCAACUAAUAACGGCAUGAUGGUGAGCAAUGCUGAGGAUCUGUUUAGGACCCUGAGGAAACCGGCGGGCAUGUUAAGAAUAGGCAUAGAAGAGCCGUGGGUGAAAGAUGAAAGCGUUGUUCUUCUGAAGAUGGCUACUGAAGUCCAGGGAAACAUCACAGCACUCACGAGAGACAGAGCUCUCUUCGUGGUGGAACAGGAAUUUCCUAGUCAGGUGGAGGAAGUGGAGUCUGUGGAUACCAGGUUGUAUCAGAGUGAACUGAAAGCCAAAGGAGUCCAAUUCUUGCCAAAAUUCAUUGAAAAAUGCAGCUGUCUUUGGGCAUUAAACUGGUCUCGGGUGGAGCUCACGGAUGCGGAAGCAGCGGCCACCUUUGACGCCCUGUUGCAUUUUCCAGCACUGAAGAGACUUGCGUUCACCUGUUGCAGGAUACUGCCAGUUGGAACGGAGCGCCUGGCUGCUGCAUUGGAUCAAUGCCAUGCCAUUGAAGACCUUGACUUGUCCAAAAGUGAACUCAGCAUGAAUGGAAUCAGUACUCUCCUGAGUGCUCUGGAGGGCAAACAUCACUUGAAGAGCAUAAACCUUGGCUUUCUGAAUCUUGACAAGGGAAAUAUUCUGCAGCUGACUUCAAGACUCUCUGCCAUGCCUCUCCUGCGAAGACUUGUUUUGAACAAUAACCAUCUUGGUGGUGAAGCCUGUUCCCACCUUGCAGAAGCUUUGAAGAAUGCCGUUCACAUGGAAGAAAUCAAUUUAAGCUACAACAAAAUUGAUGAUGCCGGCAUAAAAGAAAUUGCUUCAGCUGUUCCGGAAAUGCAGAACAUGAAACGAAUUGACCUCUCCUUCAACCUGAUCAACUCUGCUGGAGGACAGUGUUUUGUGGAGGCUCUGACCGAUAGCAAGAAUCUAGAGAUGCUCAGCUUUUCUGGGAACAAUAUCGGAAAUGAGACUUUGGAAAAACUGGGUCCAGUUCUGCCUUCCAUGCACCACUUGAAGGUCCUUCAAUUGUCUUCCUGUAAGAUUGAUACGGAGGGUGUGGUUCAUUUGGCCAGAGCUCUCUUCAGGUGUCCACAAAUAGAAGAAAUCAGUUUGUCGGAAAAUGCUGUCGGGUACAAAGGAGUGACUGUGUUUGCAGAGCAGUGGCCACAGUAUUCACGACUCCGGAAAAUCGAUCUCAAGGCCUGUGGCAUCAGCGACUGUGCUUCCAAGACUUUCGCCCUUUGGGUUAGCCGCUGCCCUCUCCUUGAGGAGGUUAUCCUGUCCUGGAACCAACUUGGCGAUGACAGUGCUUUGGAACUGGCCACGCUGCUCCCCGCGAUGGAGAAGCUGAGAGUUCUGGAUCUGGACAAGAACUGUAUCACUGCUCAUGGUGCCGGAAGACUAGCAAAGGAACUUGUUCGUUGCCGUGGAAUCCAGUUUAUACGGCUCUGGUGCAACCGGAUCCCUAAGGAUGUUGAGCAAAAGUUGAGAGAGCAAGAGCCGCGGCUGCAUUUUGCUUAAAUGAAAGAGAAUGGGAGAAGAGAAGGGCACCAUCAGCCACAGCUUUGCCGCUGAAAAGCAGCCAUGGAACAGAAAACUGUGAAGGUUGCUGCAUGAAGGGGACAGUAAUUGUGUCUUUGAGAAGGAAGGAAGAGGUCAGCAUGGCCAGGAAACAGGCGGUUGCUUAUGAAACAAGUGCGGAAGACCUGCCAGGAGAAGCAGCGGGAUCUUCGGAUCUUGCCCAAUGGGAUCUUGCCCAAUGGGAACGUCUCCCACAAACACAACACCCCCCCAGUCCAGUUUUGCAACAUCCAAGUCCACCUGGGAUGGAAGGGUUUAGCCCAGGGCAGGUCUCCUCCUCUGCAUUGGAAAUAUCCAAGUUCUUUGUCAAGGAGAAAAAUUGAAUUCUGCAAGACCCUUGCAUUUAUUUAUUUAUGUAUUUAGAUUUGUUUUAUUUUGUUCGUCGUGGGAAGCAGCAAGGAGCUGUGCAGGCCUUGGAAGGUCUGUCCUCCACCCUCCUGACUACUGAAAAUAUUUUUAAAAGCCCUCUGGCUUUUGAGAAUUCAUCAGGAUGGGCCAACAUGUAUUGGAGUUCAACUUUGUAUCCAUAAUGACUAGAAACUUGCAGUGUUUCAUUUUUUAAUGGAAGCGGAGACUCUCAGGAAACUGGAUUCCAUGUAUCAGAUUCUUCGAUUUCCUUGCACCUUCACAGAAUACUUACAAUCGUAUUACUAACCAUUGUUAAUCACACACACACACACACACACACACACACGUUAUUUUGUCAUCUGGGCUGUUCUGUCAAGUUGUUUUUCAUUGCAUAUGUUUGAACGCUUGGCUUCAAAUACAGCAAAUUCCAUAGUUUGAUGAUGCAUUGUGUCAAGAAGUCCUUCCUUUUAUCUGGCCUGAACCUCCCACCAAUCAGCUUCAUGAGAUAUGACCCCCAUUUGGGUUCUAGUAUUAUGAGAGAGGGAGAAAAAUGUCUCCCUACCCGCAUUCUCCACACCAGAUUGCUGGGUCUCAGUAGGAAGAGCCUUCUCUGUAGUGGCCCCACACCAUUAGAAUUCCCUCCUCGGGAUCUAUCACCUUCUAGUCACCGCUAGCUUUUAAGAAAACACUGCAUGCUUUUAUUCCCAUCUGUGUUUUGUUCAUAUGGUGUACUUUGGGAUGAUGAUGAUGAUUUUUUAGCUGUCAUUGGUUUAAUUAAUGCUUCAAAAUUGUAUUUUUGUUUUGUAAAUGUGUUUUAAUUUAUUGUGGGCGUGUUCUAAAAUUCAUUUGCAAACUGCCUUCUAAGGUCAAUGUGUCCUGGAAGGUAGCUUAGAAAUCUUUUUAAUAAAAGAAUGUAUGAAUCUGGUGCAAAA